GUAUUCUCUGUGACGUAGGAAGUCACUAAUCCCAGGUCUCUUCCCUGUUAUGAUGAAUCAAAAAAGAAACGGAGGAAUGAGCCGAUCUACUCCGUAGACUGCUCUCGACCAAGAACAAGCUUAAAAAUAGCUUGAUUCUGACACUCUUGCUGUCUGCUGAUCUGGGAGGGGCCGGGCGCGGAGAACUCAAGGCUGACCUGACCGCCUUUAGCUCGGACCAGCAGAAAUACUGGUCGCUUCUCACCGCCAACGAUAUUUUUUCCUUUUUGUGUAGAGAGGUAGAGGCUGGACGCUAGCCUUGAAAAACGACGCUGGCAGAAGAAAUUGCUUAGCUUGCUCUCGCAUACGGUUCUGAGUCGGCACAGAAUCAAUACUCCUAGAUUUAUCGACAGAUAUCUUACUUUGCGCUGAUAUCGUAAACUGGCUCAUGCAAUCAUGUUUGCCGUCCCAGGAUGGUCCGUUCCGAGCUCUGCUCUGAAGCAGCAGGAGCCUGCAUCGCAAUCUCAAAACCAGUCUCAACAGACCAAUGGAUCGCCGAAAGCAGGUGCUAAAUCCAACAAGCGCAAGCGCGGCAAUGACCAUGUUACCAAAGCAAAUGUUGACGAAAUGUACCGUCGACAUAUCGAAGGUCAGAAGGGCACCCCGAAAUCCCGGAAGCAGGGUGCAAACAAUGCUGUGCAGCCUAGCAAGAAACAAAAAAAGGAGCAUAAGCCAGGCAAUGAAGCAUCUUCUACGUCAGGAAAUCAGAAGAAUCAGAUGAGGAAAGACGCCCACAAGGACAAAGAGGAUACAUCGAGCGGUGCUCAGGAUGUCGGGAAUAAGGCAGAUAAGAAGGAAAAGAAGCAGAAGGAUAAGAACAAGAAUCAGACCAAGGAACAACAGCAAGAGCCCAAAGAACAGAAGCAAGCCGCUUCUUCUGCCGGCGAACCCGUUAUUCCUCCUGCUCCGCCGAAAACAGAAGCGAUUCUUACACCGCUUCAGCAGGCUAUGCGGCAGAAGUUGAUAUCUUCCCGUUUCCGUCAUCUGAACGAGACGCUGUAUACAACACCCUCUUCCAAGGCCCUUGAACUGUUCACCUCCAACCCCGAGCUCUUCGAUGAGUACCAUGCGGGAUUCUCUCGCCAGGUCAAAGAGUCGUGGCCUUCCAACCCUGUCGAUGGCUACAUUUCGGCUAUCCGCAAGAGAGGAGGCGUGUCGUCAGGUUCUAAGAAGGGCAACAGACCUGACAACAAGAAGAACGCACAGGUUCCGCCGCUUCCUCGGAGACCUAAUGGCCUCUGCACAAUUGCAGAUCUGGGCUGCGGUGAUGCCCAGCUCGCGCAGGCUUUGACACCCUCAGCGCAGAAAUUGAACCUGAAGUUGCUCAACUUUGACUUGCAUGCUCCACAAGGUUCACUCAUCACCAAAGCAGAUAUAUCUAAUUUGCCCAUUGCCGACGGAUCCGUGGAUGUGGCUAUUUUCUGUCUUAGCUUGAUGGGCACCAACUGGGUGUCUUUCGUGGAAGAAGCGUGGCGGGUGCUUCGCAGCGAUGGCAAGGGCGAAUGCUGGGUCAGUGAGGUCAAGAGCCGCUUUGGCAAGGUCGUCCGCAAGAAAGCCCAGAUUGGUGCACGCAAACCGCUUAGCAAGUCCGAGAAGAAAAAGCUCAAGAAGAAGCAAGCGGGUGAGGACGAUGCUGGCUCUGAUGUGGACGACGCCGAUAUCUAUGCAGAAGACGCUCGUAAGGCCGAUGAUGACGAAACUGAUAUCUCGGCCUUCAUUGAGGUGUUCCGCACGCGUGGCUUCAUUCUCAAACCUGAAUCGGUUGACAAGUCGAACAAAAUGUUUGUGAAGAUGGAAUUUGUUAAACAAGGUGGUGCCCCGAUUAAGGGCAAAUAUGCCUCUGUCGCUGCAGCAGGAGGACCCGGCAAGAAAAGAUUCAUCGACAAAGCGACUGAUGUCGGCGCUGGCCUGUCUCCCGAGGAAGAGGCACGUGUCCUCAAGCCUUGUGUCUAUAAAAUUCGGUAAGAGACAUGCAUAUUUACAUGUGUAUUUAGCCAUCAAUAGCUGUAUAUACUACAAAUACCAUCUAGCUAAUCCCCUGC